AUGGUCGGAGCUAAACCGGUGAAAAUGGUAGAGAACGAAUCUGACGGCGGGGUAAGUACGGGGCUGCUUCACGGCCGUUACGAGCUAGGCCGGCUUCUAGGCCACGGAACAUUCGCGAAGGUGUACCACGCUCGCAACGUAGCGACGGGGAAAAGCGUGGCGAUGAAAGUCGUCGGGAAAGAGAAAGUGGUGAAAGUCGGGAUGGUGGAGCAGAUCAAGCGAGAGAUCUCGGUGAUGAGGAUGGUGAAGCAUCCGAACAUCGUCGAGCUUCACGAGGUCAUGGCGAGCAAAUCGAAGAUCUAUUUCGCCAUGGAGCUCGUGCGCGGCGGCGAAUUGUUCGCCAAGGUCGCCAAAGGAAGGCUGCGCGAGGACGUGGCGCGAGUUUACUUCCAGCAAUUGAUCUCCGCCGUCGAUUUCUGCCACAGCCGGGGGGUUUAUCACCGGGAUCUGAAACCGGAGAAUCUGUUGCUAGACGAGGAAGGGAAUCUCAAGGUGACUGAUUUCGGUCUCUCCGCUUUCACCGAGCAUUUGAAGCAGGACGGGCUUCUCCACACGACUUGUGGAACUCCGGCGUACGUUGCGCCGGAGGUGAUUCUGAAGAAAGGAUACGACGGAGCGAAGGCGGAUCUGUGGUCCUGCGGCGUUAUCCUCUUUGUGCUGCUCGCUGGGUAUUUGCCGUUUCAGGAUGAUAAUUUGGUGAACAUGUAUCGGAAGAUCUACAGAGGAGAUUUCAAAUGUCCUGGGUGGCUUUCCUCCGACGCGAGAAGGCUCGUCACGAAGCUUCUGGAUCCGAAUCCGAAUACCCGAAUCACAGUCGAUAAGGUCAUGGAUUCGACCUGGUUCAAGAGAACCGCAGCGAGAUCCAAAACCGAACCAAUCGCUGAAGUUGCGGCUGAGGAUCCUGAUUGCUCCGUGCACAAGUCGAAGGAAGAGACGGAGACGCUAAACGCGUUUCAUAUAAUCGCGUUAUCUGAAGGGUUUGACCUGUCGCCGCUGUUCGAGGAGAAGAAGAAGGAGGAGAAGAGGGAGAUGAGAUUCGCGACUUCUCGUCCGGCGAGCAGCGUGAUUUCGAGCCUUGAAGAGGCGGCGAGAGUUGGGAACAAGUUCGAUGUUAGGAAGAGCGAGAGUAGAGUGAGGAUCGAAGGGAAACAGAAUGGGCGGAAAGGGAAAUUGGCGGUGGAGGCGGAGAUAUUCGCGGUGGCUCCGUCGUUCGUCAUGGUGGAGGUGAAGAAAGAUCAUGGAGACACUCUUGAGUACAACAACUUUUGCAGUACUGCUCUUAGACCAGCUCUCAAGGACAUUCUCUGGACUUCUACUCCCGCUUGA